AUGAACGAGAUGAACGGAUACAAUGUUCUCGCUGGCUACAUUGGCACUGACCAGUCCCUCGCAGUGUUCAGGAGAUUCCUGAUCCUCAACGCUCGCAAUCUUCUCUGCAUGCAAGCCGAGAUCAUCAAUCUAGAGCACGGACUACGCUGGACGAUUAAGAAGGACCGCGAAGCGAAAGAUAGCUUACGGAACCUGUUUGAAUAUGAAAUAAGAGCCCUGAAAGGUCCUCAUAAGAGCCAGGAUGACGAUGAAGCUCUACUCCAAUUCGCGCGUCUCUGUCAACUCGCUCCUGCGAACAAGGCCGAUCUGUCAAUUCUUCGCGAACUGACCGAGAAGAACGAUGGGAGUGGAGACAUCUGGCUCCGCGGGCGCGAGUUCGAGACCUGGGAGGACGAACACUUCGAUGACCUGACUUCGUUGGCCGGCUGCUACGCUAACAAAGAUGCAUUCUCAAAAUUCAUCGACAACAUGGUAAGGUCAGUCUACCACAAGCACAUCGGUCACAAGUAUCACGACCCGCUCUCCGUCGUUGAGACGUGGGGGAGCGCAGGCAAACGCAAGCCUAUCAUCAACUACCCCGACAGUCGUAUCACGAGAACCAUCGACACCUUCAGUACCAUCUUGGCCUCCAUUCUACCCACCGUGGCAGCCUUCGGGAUCUAUCUCAUCAACGACCAAGUGACCAGGAUGGCAGCAAUAGUCGGGUGUACCCUACUCUUCUCAACAACACUGACGCUUAUCGCGAGGCCGAAGAGAGCCGAAGUCUUUGCGGCUUCAGCUGCGUUUGCAGCGGUGCUAGUUGUUUUUGUUGGGAACUCAAACGGAUGUGGAAGUGGAAGUACGUCCUGA